CUGCUUCGUUAUCUAGUCUAUUUAUACCUUGAAAGAUUGUCUCCAAUUCAUUUGCACAUUAAAUUAUCCAUUCAAAUAACUAACAUCCAGUUUGUCAGCUCAUUUUCAUAAGUUGGAAACACUCACAUUUAGUAGACGAACAAGAUCAUGUUUCAUCACUACGUGUUGGUAUCAAUCUGUUUUAUAGCCUUCACAUAUGUUCAGCAUAUCGAUGCUACCGAUGAUAAUUUCGUUUCCGCAAAGGAACAACCUGCUAAAUUUGCUCCCAUCAGACGUCAUAUAAUGAAACGUAAUUAUUUAUGGGAUUCACGUUUGGGUAAGCGUUCAAUGAAUCGUGAAGCAUUUCCAUGGUAUAAUCAUGAUCUAUAUAACUAUUACAAUGAUGAUAAUUUCCGAGGUUAUUAUACUGGUUAUGAUGACUAAUAAUAUAAAACAGUUUCGAAAUUGAAGAAAAAACACGAGAGAACUAAAGCAUUAAAAAUUUUCAGUUCUUAUUAUAAUGUAAUGUAUUCCACUUACUCUUUAUAUUUAAAGAUGUAAUAAAUUAACAAAACUACUGGUUUGAAUGCAUAAAGUCUAUGGAAUAUUAGAAUUUUGUGUUUCACUGAAUAUAACUUAAAUGAGCGAUAUUAAA